AUGGCUUCGGUGUGCCACGAGAAGGUUUUGAGUGCAGGCGCGCUCGCUUCGAAGUUUCCGCCCGUCGAGCGGCUUUCUCCACGGUGCGCGGGGUACGACGUCUUCCUCUCGGAGGGGCCCCGCUGGGCGUGCCGCGUGGCCGCGGCGGUCGUGGUCGCCACACUGGCCGCGGCCGUGCCGCGGGCGCCGCGCCGGCGGCGGCAUGCCUCCUGCGCGAGGCGGCUGCCGUGGAGGCGGGCGGAGGUGCUGGGCCACAGACUGUUUGCAAGCAGGAGGGCCGACAGCGCGAUCUUAUUCUGGAGGGUGGCGCGGCCUCACGGCAUUCGCAUCUGCGUCGGCGAAGUUGCCGGCAGGAAGGGCGCGGCCCUCGAGGCAGAGGACGCCGAGCCGAAGCAGGCCGUGAUGGCGCCCCGCCUGUUGCUGCUGGUCGUUGCAGCCCUCUACGGCUCCCUCGGCAUCUGCAUGCGGCUGCUGUACUCGCUGUCCGGGCCGCCCACGCCCGCGGCGCUGUCCUUCGUGCGCCAGGCGCUCACCGUGGCCGUCUUCGUGCCCGCGCUCGGAGGUGGCCGCGCCCCGAGGACCGCCGCCGUGCGGGAGCUCCCGUGCGGCCCCGUGCAGGCCGCCGCGCCGGCGCCCAAAGGUACGGCUGCGCGGCUGACGGGUGGCACACCCGUUCACCGCUACUGGCAGUGCGAGCCGUGCCAGCCCGAGCGGGAGUUGGCCUGCGGCUGCUGGCACGCGCUGCUGGCCGCCCCGGGCUUCACGGUCACACGCCUCAUCUACGCCGACGGCUGCUGCCUGAAGCAUUGGAGCCGCCCGCAGGCUGCGAGAGCGGGCUGGGGCCCCGUCACUCUCGAGAACUCCAGGGCCGAAUUCAGGGCGGUCAUUCAGGUUCUGCUGGUGGCCGUCCCGCCCUUCUGCACCCACACGGAUCACCUGGAGGUUAUCCUCGGCCUGGCGCGCGGGCGCGCGUGGGCGCACUGCCCUAGGCGCUCGAAUCGCGAUCUGUGGGUGCAGCUGUGGGCCAAGUUGGAUGACCACGGCGGCCCGGACGUGCGCAUCGUUCACGCCCGUGGGCACCAGAGCAGCAACGACCAGCAUCGGCAUGGCAACACCUGGGCGGACGCGCUCGCUCGCUGGGGACUCCUCUGCUUUACGGACCAGCAGAGGCUAGAGUCCAAGGUGUACUUCUCCGCGGCGACCAAGCAGCUCAUGCCGACGGUGUCCGCCGAGGACGUCGCGUCGGCGGUGCCCGUGCCGGCCGAGCUGAUCGCCGAGUACUUCCCCGCAGGGGCACCGGAGGGCUUCAUUCCGAUGGUCUGCGGCGGUGGCGCUCCGUCGAUGCCGGUGCCGGAGAUGCCGCAGGCGGUGGCGGGAGCGGUGGAGCAGGUCCAGGAGGCGGCGGACGGCGUCACCGAGAAGAAGAAGAAGUCGAAGAAGUCGAAGAAGGACCAGGGACGGCACGGUCAAGGUCUCCAAGAAGAAGAAGUCUGGCUGCUGCUGAGCUGGCCCCACGGACCUCCGACGGCGUGA